AUGGGGGGCUGUCUUUCCUCCUACGUGGAGGGGGCCUGCGACAAGGGAGGGAGAGGAGAGAAGAGAGGAGGGGGGCUGUUCGACCGGCGUGGGGGAAGCGUGGUUACAGAUCCCGCGGAGUUGCUGGCGAAGGUGGAGAGUGGGCAGGGGCUGACAGAUGAGGAGCUCCAGUGCGUGCCGGGGCGUAUGUUCCUCAACGGUUCCAGCGAGGUGGCGUGUCUGUUCACGCAGCAGGGAAGGAAGGGCACCAAUCAGGAUGCGAUGAUUGCGUGGGAGGUACUUGUGUGUCUUCCGUUAAUUCCCUAUUUUCUCGUGACGAACUCUUAGUCAGCGGCACGCGUCUGCUUCGUAGGAAAAUAGCCCAUAUCAGUUGUGGCUGAGGGCUUCCACUUCUAGUGUGGAAUUAGAAUACAUGAAUCUUAUUUUAUUUCUGUGCUACGUACAUGGUCCUCUUCACCAUAAUAAAAGGAACGCACUUCUCUUGUUUUCGUAGUUCAUAAAAUGCUAUCAUUAUGUCGUCGUUUUUAUUUAUUUUCAAGUGCUUGUUCGCAAUAUGGCUGAGAUAUUCUCCCUUUCGGUUCUUCUUUCAAAAUGAAGAAAUAAACUAUAAGGAUAUACCUCUUUAUGACGUCACAUGAUUAAUUUAAACACCCGGAUCCUUUUUUAUGGAAUUAUUUCUUCUUUUACUGGGUAUUAUGCAUCUUUUUGUUCUUCCUUUAUUGCCCAUGUUUCUUGUGAACUAGCUGUGUGAAAAAGUCUGAGGGUUAAUUCACCUUUUUAUCUCGUCUUUUUAUCGAUCUUGUUUUCCUAUUGUAUAUCCUUUUGAUGUAACACUGCUGGAUAUAUCUUACGUUAACGAUACUAUCAUUUCAUAUGCCUUUUUUGGCUUGGUAUUUCAAAGUUGCAUAGAAUUUUAUGGGCGGAAACUUUCAUUUUCAUAUUUGACCUCAAACGUUUGGGAUACAAACCCGAAUAAUGUGAAUACUUAUGUAACUUGCGCAACUAGUGCAGUUGGUUUCAAGAAACAGAGAUAAAAAAAUUCUGCAAAUUAAUUUUUUUUUGUGUAGUAUUCUUCCAAUUCCCACAUGAUAGCUAUGAAUCGGUCUGGUGGGAAGGCAAUCCUGAAUUGAGUAGCAAGUUUGGAUGGCUCUUUUUUGCUUUAUAUGCAUUUCCUUUCUUACCCUUCUCCUGUGAGAGAGGACAUGACAUCCAGCCUUCUGGAGGUCUCUAAGAAUCUAGUGGAAAUCUUCAAGUUCAAUAUUAAGGACAUUAUAAUUGAGGCGUCACAUUGUACAUACUCGUAAAAUACUAAGACAUUAAUUUUUCUAUUUCCCAGAGAAAGACUUGGGUCCUGGAAAUUAAUAGAAGUACCUGGCAAUAAUUUAGUGGUCAGUUUCAUGUGCUUUAUCUAUGAUGCAUUCAUAACAUAAAUGUAUUUAUAAUUGAAGAGAUCAUCUGGGUUGGGUUAGUUGACGGAUGGAUAUAGAAAUGAACUUUUGGUUUCAUGUAAAUAGAAUGAUUAAUCUCCUUGGUCCAUGAGAUUGCCCGUGCCACUGAGAAAUGUGAGAUUGAAGGGAAACAAUUGGUCUCCUAAGGCAUGAUUGGGCUUGGACUUCACGCUUAUCAUUUUCCGGUUGUCAUUCUGCUUUAUUUGGCUCACAGAACUCGAGGCCCGAGUACAAUAUUUCAGGGCCUCGAAAAGAUUAAUCUGGACAUUCAUUUACCAGGAGUUAUCAAAUUUCUUCUUUAUCUGAAUGAUAGAGUGAACUUGAACUUAGGGUUUGAAGAACCAGGCCCAUGAUUUUAUUCUUGUCCCUCUUCUUUCCUUUUAUAUUCUCCAUAUAUUAUGCAUUUUAACUGUUAUUUCUUUUUCUCUUUUUUUUCCUUUAUUCUCCUUCCCCCCGUUAAUGUACAAACCUGGGCUUUUCUUUUAUUCUAGAACUUCGGAUCAAGAGACAACACUGUCUUCUGUGGGAUAUUUGACGGCCACGGCCCAUUUGGUCACAUGGUCGCAAAGAAAGUAAGAGAUUCACUUCCUCUCAAGCUGUGUACCCAGUGGAAGGCCGCUCAUAACAACCAGAACGGCCUUCAACAAGAUGGUAUCGCUCCAGUGAGUGUGCAUUCAGAAGACGGGUCUAUGGGUAAAGAUGAAUGGUCUGAGCCCACAGAUACCGUCGAUGGAAAGCUCCCAGAGAUAUACCACAUACUCAGGCAAUCUUUGCUGAAGUCUUUCAAGCUGAUGGAUAAGGAGCUUAAGCUACAUCCAACAAUUGACUGUUUCUGCAGUGGGAGCACUGCCAUUACGUUGGUAAAACAGGUAAAUCAAUUCUUCCUUUACCUAAACUGUACUAGUAGGUCUUUGAACUACAUUUUCUAGCUUGCCCUGCGCGGUAAUAAGGGCAAACUGAGCUCCAACAAAAAAAGUCGCCUGCUGUCAGAGAUAAAUAAAAGUCAACGUGACCAUGUUCCGAGUCGAUCGGCUGGUCUUUGAAUGUUGGUUCUGCUCAUCCACCAAUUUGCAGGCUGUUAUAGAAUGUGCAACUUGCGCUUCUCCAGGGACAGGAUCUUGUUAUUGGGAACGUUGGAGACUCGAGGGCAGUUCUCGGCAUGAGAGAUGAAGAUGACUCCUUGGUCGCUGUCCAACUGACCGUUGACUUGAAACCCAAUCUUCCAAGUACGCUCCUUUUAAAUUAGUCUUUCUGUUUAAUAUUGUCGGAAUGGUGAGGCUGUCUAUCUCAAAGUCAGAUCAAAUUCUUCCUGUUUAGUAUAAUUGUUAGAAUGGCAGGGCCGUCCUGUACAAAGUCAAUGGAACUAUUAUUAGCAUAAUCUCUUGCGUGCAGGCAGACUUUUGACUGGUUUUACAGUAGACUAUAUGAUGUCAUUGAUCAGGAGAAGCUGAGCGCAUCCAACAGUGCAAGGGCAGGGUCUUUGCCUUGCAGGAUGAACCAGAGGUUGCGCGUGUGUGGUUGCCGAACAACGACUCUCCUGGCCUGGCCAUGGCCAGAGCAUUUGGAGACUUUUGCCUCAAAGACUAUGGCUUGAUAUCUGUCCCAGAUGUCUCAUACCGGCAUCUCACAGACAAGGAUGAAUUCAUCAUUCUGGCCACUGAUGGGGUAUGUUCGUGGGUCUGAUAAUUAUUUUCAAGAAAAUCCUUUUCAACAGGCCCAUUAAUCGAUUUUUCAUGGAAAUAUUUAUUGCCGAAUUAUUUCUUAUUUUGAUACUGGCACCAUUUUUUCUUGGCAGUUUCUUGGAAAUUGAUUUUCUUUUAAAUAUUAAUUGAAAAAAACUUGCCCAGCAGAUUAUUUUUAGUUACUAAACUCUGUUUAUGGAAUGUGUCCACAGAUCUGGGAUGUCCUCUCGAACAAGGAAGCUGUCGACGUGGUCGCCUCUGCACCCAGCCGGUCAACUGCCGCCAGGGCCCUCGUUGACACCGCCAUUAGAGCCUGGUGGCUCAAAUUCCCCACGUCGAAGAUUGACGACUGUGCGGUGGUCUGCCUGUUCCUCAACCCGCCGAGUCCCGCUGUUCAAAAUCAUCUCAUCGGAUCAGAGAAAAAUAAUCUGGGCCCGACACCCUUGGAACGGGCCGGUGGAGAUCAUCUGGUGGAGCCCAUUGCUGCCACCGGGGAACCGGAGGUCACGGUGGCGCAUCUGGUCUCCUCCAGAGAGAUCGAGAUCAUGCCAGCUGAGCCUGGGGAGAAGUCCCUGGAGCAGCAGCAGCGACAGCAGAGCCGCCGCCUUGCUGACUGCCUGUCGACAACUGACGAGGAGGAGUGGUCAGCUCUGGAAGGAGUCACGAGGGUCAACUCCCUCGUGAAUCUUCCAAGAUUCUUGGCUGGUGACAAGAGAUCCGCCAGCUGGAGGAAAUGGUUGUAG